AUGGCCCACAUCCUAAGUCUUAUUGUUAAGGAUGGGUUUGAUGAACACCAAUCUAGUAUUAAGUGCAUCCAAAAGGCCGUUAGAAAUAUUAGGAAUUCCACUCAACAGAUUCAAAUGUUCAAAGAAUGCAUGAAAGAGUUAAAUGUGGAAUCCAAGAAGGUUUUGUGUAAUGAUUCCCCAACCCGAUGGAACUCCACAUACGAGUUAUUGAAGAUUGCGGUGGAGUUGGAGAAGGUUUUUGGAAAGUUCGAAGUUAAAGAUCCUACAUAUGUUCGAGAUGUUGUGUCCCCCGUAGAAGAAGAUUUCAAAAUUUGUAGAGCUAUGGUUAGAUUUCUUGAGAAAUUCAAGAUAUUUUGGGACUACAAAUUUCUACUGUGGCGUCCGAGACUGCUUUUAGUACAAGUUGACGGAUAUUAGAUCCAUAUCGAACAAAUUUGUCCGCUAAUAUAUUAGAGGCAUUGGUUUGCACCCAAGAUUGGAUAAGGAAAUCAAGGAAGCCAAUUGUGGACAACAUUGAUGAAGUUUUGAAAGAUGAUGACGUUGCGAAAGAGUUUGAAAACGCGAUAAAUAAUGGAGAUGAAAAGGGAAAACAACCAAUCAAUAUUCCCAAAUAGUUAAUUUGUAUUUG